UGUGAGACCUCCUAGGCCAAGAAGAACAACCUGAGGACUCUAUUUCUGAAGGUCAUUGAACUCCUUUAGUAAGCCCAGAGGAGAAAUCCGAGAUCAAUACAUCUUUUGAAUCUAUGACAGCUAAGGGUACAUCACUUGAAAUAGUCACUGUACUAACUACUUCCUUCAGCAUUUGACUCUUGGCUCCUUGUGUUGUGAGCUCCUUGUUCCUGCAAAGCUGGCUGGGGUCACCAGAGUAGGUCAAAAAAAAUCUAUCAGUGACAGAGAUAGGGAAUCUCCAAUCUCUAUCCCAAGACAUGUUCUCGAUGACUUGAGCACAUUAUUAGAUGUUGAGGAUACAGAAGAGAGAUUUCAUCCAUGGGAAAAUGACCCUCUGAAAAGAAGUGUAAAAGCAUCAAAAGAGUCAUUGGAGGGGACACCUGAGAGUCAUGUGGCUGAGGUUUCACAAGAUCCCGCCAUGCUUCCAGUCCAGAGGAGAAAGCUAGACCCACUCCCCAAAAAGUAUAGACAUCAUAAGAAGAACACAAGGACAAAAAGAAUGAGGAAGGAGGAAAUGGAGGCCCAGUGCUCCCCUGUUCAUCCAACACCUUCACCUUUAACACCAGCACAAAGUGAAGAAGAUGAGGCUGUAGACAAAAAGCCAACUCUACUCAGUGCCCAGGAAGAUAAUCCUGACCUUCUCCAUGAGGACAGAUUACAGAGUCUACAGGAAGAAAGUUUCAGUGUGAUGCAUCAGGAAUGUCAGAUCCAGUCCUAUGACCUCUCAGUGGCUCAGGAGCCCAGGCCCUCUUCUCCUGCAGUGACAUCCUUGGCAUCACCACCAUUCUGCUUUAGCGGUUUCCUAAGCUGUGUCUGCCAGACCUUCUCAAGGUCUAGGAAGCAGAAGCCUCCCAGAAGAAAGGGUAACAACCAGGCCGAGGCAGGAGGUGAUGCUGAGGUCCUGAGGCCUGGCCUACUGAGGAGUCUGUGCAAAACCAGAGUUGAGCCUCAGCAAAACAUGUAGCCACUUGAAAUUGAUAUAGCUUCCCUUGCAUUUAGUUUUAUAGUUCUCUCUGUAUGUCAUUGUUCCUCUUAGUUGAGUUUUUGCCUGUCAAAGAGAUUGAGAGCUGCUUUUAUGCUAAGAUCUUCAAGCCAAAAUCCACAGUAAAAGCAAAGUUAAACUUUGAGACUUUUAACUUUUACUCAGUGGUGGAAUUACUUCCUACUUCCUUCCCGUUAGGUAGAAGGUGGGAUUCUCUCUGGAGUAGUUGUUCCCAAAAUUCAUGUGUCUAUC